AUGUCUCGGACCCUUAUUUACAAAGCCACCCAAGAACUGGACUACGAUGUCGAGGCAGUCUGGUCCAUCAUAUCCAAGUUCGAUGCUGUCGCUGCAUGGUCACCAAUUGUUGUUCAAUGCACCACAGAAGGAGAAGGAAUCGGUUCAGUCAGAUAUGCUGUGACAGAGUCAGGCGGCCGCUUCAAUGAAAAGCUCGAGAUUCUUGAUCAUGAGGCACAUACCAUUAGCUACAGAUUCGAGGAACCUGUUCCGUUCCCAGCGACAGGUCUUUACGGGACGCAACAUCUCGAUGCGAUUGCGCCGGGCAAAACGCUUCUCACGUGGACAGCGGAUGCCGAGUCGAUCGAUCAGGAUGUCAAGGAGAGAGUUGCCGAACAGAUGGAGGGUCUUCUUAAGAUAUCUCUCGGUGGACUGGUGGAGUUGCUUGGAAAGUGCCAGGACGAGGCAUCAAACUAG